AUGACUACUCCUAACAACAAUGGAGGAGUAUCCAUGAAUCUGUCCACAACAUUAGAUUCAAACACGCCUCCACUACCUCCUCCAAUGCAAGUUGGAAUGUCAUCAAGUCCUAGUUUAGGUUUCAAUCCAACACCGGCUUCAAUGAUUCCACACCAUCACCACCAUCAAUAUCAACAACAGCAACAUCCUAAUACAUACAUGAUGAAUUCACCUUCUUCUUCUUCUCACACAAUUCUGCCAUUUGGACCAACACCUACAAUGGCAAGCCAAUCUCAACAAUCUUUCCCUUCACUAAUUUCUCCCAUCUCGAAUCCAUUUCCUUCCAUCCAUACCUCUAUUCCACCAACACAUUUUCUAUCCAUGAAUAUGGCUUCACAGCCAUCUCUUGCCACAACAGGUUUGGACAAAAGACGAAGAAAUCCCUCCUCCAAAAGAAGUUUGGAAGAAGAAGAUGAGGAAGACAAUCAAAACAAUAUUGAAAUUGAUGAUUCGGGUGACCAAGAAGAGCCUCCAACAACAAGAGCAAAACCAAUCGAAUUAAAAUUACAACAUCAACAACAACCAAAAUUCGUGGACAAUAAUGCAAAAGGAUGUAAUUGUAAAAAAACUGGUUGUUUAAAACGAUAUUGUGAAUGCUUUCAGAACAAUAAGAGAUGUACCAUAAAAUGUCGUUGUCAGGGUUGCAAAAACUAUCAUGAAUGUCCUGAUUUACAUAGAGUUUUGGAAAAACAAACAAAAUCUGGAGCAGGACCACAAACUUCAACUAGUGCAACACAAAGAAAGACUCAAAAAAGAAAAACCAAUCUGGUUUCGCAAGCUCCACCUAGCUCUUCAAAUAAUACCACUCAAUCAAGACCGCCAAUUGGAAGUCCUUCAAUAUUAGGUGGAGGUAUUGUUAUGGCUCAUGGAAGUGUGUCACAAUUCAGUCCCUUAACGUUUACUAACCCACAAAUUGCUUCAUCUCUUCAUCAAAAUUCAUUAAGCUGUAUUUAUGGGGAGGAAAAGAUUGUGGAACUUUGUAAAAAACUAGUAUUGGCUGCUAUUCAACAAGAACAGGUCUUUAAGGAUGAAUGGAAACAAGAUAAUUCUGCACCAAAAACACCGAAAUCAGCUAGAAAAGAGGGUAAUCAACAAGUUAACAACUUUUUACUUUGUGACGAGGAUGACAUGCACCAAGCAGCUCAACCACAGACAAGUUCUAACAGAAAAGUUUAUCCAAAAGGAUUUGAGAAUGCUCUUGGAAUAUCUUUGAAUGGACGUAUCACAUCAGAGUUUAAACAUUUCCUCUUAUCAGGAGUGCAAACAUUGAAAUCCCAACAACAAGCAACCGAAACUCAAAACAUUCUAAAUAAUAGCAUGAAUGGUAUGCAGUAUCAAUAG